UGUGACCGGGCAUCCCUUGCCAACAUGGCGGCGCUCAGCAAGUCCAUACCGCACAACUGCUACGAAAUUGGCCACACGUGGGACCCUUCUUGUGUCACCGCUUUUCGUCAGGUCAGCUGGGGCGCCUUCGACGAGGCCGUGCGAAUUUACACGCCGCUCUACUUGAUCGCCGCGCUGCUGCGGAGGCGUAAGCUCGACUACUACCUGUACCGACUGCUGCCGGAGCUCUCGCGGUCGGUGGCCUUCCUCAGCGCCAAUGGCGGCCUCUACAUUGCCUUCUUCUGUAUUCUGCGAAAGUUUAUGGGUGGCUUCAACUCGUGGCUGGGUGGCUUCUGGGCGGCACUGCCAGCCUCCUACAUCGCCAUCCUCCUGGAAAGAAAAAGCAGGAGAGGCCUGUUGACCAUCUACAUGGCAAAUUUGGCGACCGAGACCAUCUUCCGGAUGUGCGUGACCCGCAGAUACGUGACGCCCGUCAGGCACGGAGAGGUCCUGCUGUUUUGUAUCACGGCGUCCCUCUACAUGUACCUGUUCAGGUGUAAAGAUGGUCUCAAGGGCUUCUCAUUCUCGGCAUUGAAGUUCCUGGUGGGCAAGGAGGAGCGGCUGGACCACACCCCCGAGGCGUUGACAGGGGACCGGGUGGCCGCGGCACGUGCCGACGACUCGGAGCGACCGGCGGCGGUGGCGGCAGCGGCGGCGGCGAUCCCUGGCCACAGGCCGUCCCGCCUGGCACUCAUCCGCUACCUCGUCCGCCUCCUCGUCAAGAGUGGCCCAAGGCAUCGAUGCUGCAAGCAUCACAAUGAAAACUGCAUCUAUUACAGCUUCAAGGCGUUCGUGCGGAUGUUCAGCGUCGGCUACUUGAUCCAGUGCUGCCUGCGCGUGCCGGCCGCCAUUCGCCACCUGUUCACACGGCCCUCGCGCGUCCUCCCCACGCUCGUGCACCGUGAAAACCUCCGCCUCGGGGCCUUCCUCGGGUCCUUUGUCAGCCUCUACAAGGGGACCAGCUGCCUCCUGAGAUGGAUGAGGAAUUUGGACGACGAGCUGCACGCACUUCUCGCCGGCUUUGUUGCCGGCCUGUCGAUGAUGUUCUACAAGAGCACCUCCAUUUCCAUGUACCUGUCCUCCAAACUUGUGGAGACGCUGUACUUCAAGGGGAUCGAGGCGGGCAGCUUCCCGUACUUCCCGCACGCUGACACCAUCAUCUACGCCAUCUCCACCGCCAUCUGUUUCCAAGCGGCCGUCAUGGAGGUGCACAACCUGAGGCCGUCCUACUGGAGGUUUCUGCUGCGUCUCACCAAGGGAAGAUUCGCGCUGAUGAACCGGAAGGCUCUGGACGCGUUAGGGACCCAGGCCUCGCGGGACUUCAAGGACUUUGACCUCAAGUUGGAUCCCCGUUUCACGCACACGGCCGGCUCUAGCCGCUGAGCGGACGGACCGUGGCACGCGCGCCGCCCGCGCCGAUGGGAUGCGUUCGACGGCACACGCCUUUGCCGAUGGGGCGUUCGUAACGACUAAACCUGAAUGCCGCCACGCAACGCGCGAGAUGAUUUGUACGCGAGCCCUGUUCGAAUGCACGAACACGGGUCGAUUGUUAACACGUUACCUAAUUGAGAUUUUGAAAUGAUUCCAAAAAUUUGUUGUCACCGUUUGUUUUAGCCCAAUGCAAAGCCAAAUUGUGUUAGUCAAAUUUAAGUUUUAAAUUGCCUUUGAUUGGUGUGAUGGUACUAACACGGUCUUACGAAAACAUUGAAAUGUAAUCCGUGUUCUAAGUAUGCGAGAGCCUGUUGAGAUUCAUCAUAUUUACGAUUGCAACUUAUGCCAAUAUUAUAAUAGGUCCAAUAUGAUUAAAGCCAAUGAUGGGCAGAAAAAUGCAAAAUAUGUUAGAAGAGUAACUUGCAGCACUUGGAGACUUGACACUUUAUCAAAUAUGCCGAGCACAGCAUCCCAGUGUGCACUGGUGGCAAGGUGCCAAGAUUAACACCGCCAGUGUACAUUUCAACACAAACUCCCGAGCGUGACAUGGCAAUGGUAUGGCAAUGCUGCUUUUGCAAGGCUGAAACUUCCACGAGCAGGCCAUGCCAUCCAAGUUCGGUUGACCACUGGCAGCUUUACUUGGGUGAUUUUUUUUUCCAGUUCUGCUUGCGUCCGGCCUAAUGCACCGCACAAUUGCGUAUGCCCGCGUAUGCGACGGGUAAUUAUUAUUCUUAUUAUGUUAACCAAAGAACAGGUCUUGGUUACAUCGACGCAGAAUGGAAUCUGCCACCGUUUUAAUUUGUCAGAAUGGUUUUUUGACGGACACCAGCGGCAGGACGUGUUGAACGUGUACCUCUGAAGACAACCUAAUGGUUGAGAUCGGUGGGAUCUGAACAUUGCUGCCGGGUGCCUCGGAGGGCGUCCCGAACGUCGGCAUUGGUCCAGUGACGCAGAGAUACUGAUUUCUAAUCCGGGAGCCAGCCGUUCGCAAUUAAAUCGGCUUCUGAUGCAUAUUGGAUUCAAUGAUUCUCAACUGACAUGUUGGGUGUUUGCACUCAAUUCGGCAUCCCCGUGGGAUGACUGCCGGUGUGAUAGCCAUGGAAAACAAUUCUUGGUGGAGCGUGCACUCCCCCUGCUGUUGCCUGGGGGAGGCGGCGCUGAGCUAUUGCGACGGUUGCUUGUGGGAUUCGAGAAUCGAGCGAUGUGCUUAGACUUGGCGUGAACGCGCCAAACGCAGAUCACGCCCGAGGCUCCGUUCGUUUUGCUUGGCACGCGCGACCGGUACAGUGACGCUGUACUGGCAGCUCUUGACCAAUGCGCGCUUGAACGCACAGUGUUUGGGUCGCAGUCGUGCGGGAGCGCGCCCAAAGGCCACUUGUAUAAGUGCAACCUCUUACUCUGUAGACAGACGUCUAUCUCUGCGAUGGACCUCUGUGGGUUGCAGGCACGUUCCGUCGACCAAUGUUGCUAUUGCAGCCGUGGGGUCAACGGUGUCCAGCAGUUAAUUGUUGGCGGUGGUGUGGGCGGAUGUGGAGCAGUGAUCGAUGACAGAUGUAACAGUGCCUGUUACUGCGAUGUCAAAAAACACACGAGUCUCACCGAUUCAUACUAUAUUGGGUUAGGCUAUGUAAUGAAUCAUCUGAUCAAAUUUGAGUGACAAAAUGGAAAAGCAGGCAAUCUGUCACCUUCACAUAUCUGUCUUUCCACACAAAAAAAUUUAAGUAUUACAACUCAUCAGUCCAAAUGACCUGGGAGGUCGUCAUUUCGGCAGCAUUGAUUCAAUACAAGGUUUCAACAUUCAGUGUCCCUUGUCAGCAGUCAGGAUUGCUUGAAUCAAUGCUGGUGAACUGCCCGAAUGUUUAUAGGCAUAUUUUACUUGCUUUAAAACCCAAUAAACAAUUAUGAAUCGUAAUAGCGGCCGCGAAAACCUACGUGUUAGGUUUGCGAGUCUCAGUGUGGGAGUGAUCAGCUGUGAAUUGUCAUUUAAAACAAAAAACAAGGCAGCACUUGUAGCCAGACUAAUGAAAUAAAAACGGGUAAGAUUGAGGUCGUAAGGUUCUUGAAACUUCUAACGCAAUUUAUCAACCAAUUCUGCGAUCGUGCUAAAUAUUAAGAGCCAGAACAAUCCACUGAUGAAAAUCGAUUCUUUGUCCAAACGAUACACGCGGUUUAAAAUUGCUUUGCCCCCAAAAUUGAUUUUUGUCGAUUCUUUGUCAUCAUCAACGGGAAUGCGUCCACGGUGGUCAUCCUCUCAGAUGUGGCUUUUUUUGGCUUCUGUUCCGUCACUAUGCAGCCUCGUUCAUCUGCUAUGAUGAUGACAUGACAAUCGUUGGCUAAUGUGUAACGUUCAUGCAUGGACCAGCACGGCACAGGGAUAUAGGGCACGGUAUUGGAGAGACAGCGAUAUUUUACAAAACGAGAAAAAAAUACGGCAACAAACAUCCAAAUUUCAGUACAGACGAGACGGUACAAAAAGCUUAAAGCGCCGUGCUGAUGCCAUGAAUUCAUGUCGAGGUUGUGUCGUUCUGGCACGACUUCAUAUUAGUGAUCUGCAAGACAUCUCGCGGUCCACCAGAGGGCAUGGCGUGCACAUCUGUGAAAAAAAGGCUCCGAAACGAAGCGUGGUGUGUUUGCAUCGACUUAGUCACCGAAUUACAAGACCCACCUUUGCAUUACAAGACGUUAUGCCAUCGUGUGCCAGCAUCACGGUCCAAAUGCCCCAGAUUUGAGAAGAUUCUGGAUUGUGAAACGGCAAUCGUCUCCCCAGGGCCCUCUUGAAAACUAUCUUGACUCGGUGUGACUUUUCCCGAGUAAACUAAGCCGAAUGUUGAUGAUAUUGUACGUGAAUACCUGUGUCUUCUGGGAGACGUGCAUUAAACCAGUUGUUCAGGAUCAUCUUCCAGAAGGCGGUUCUCCAUUGUAACACGACCUCCCAGAGUGCUGAUAACACUACCCCCACCGAUCGUACGGAAUCCUCUUCCAGAAGACAUUUCCACCCCUUUUAAUUGUAAAUCCGUGCAAUCGUCAUCCUCAUCUGGGAGACGACUCUGCAUGGCAAUUUACUGUAUCAUCCAGAUUAUAAAAGGCACUUUUACAUUAACAAAAAAUUAUCGCACAAAAGUUUGGGGCGCAUCGUUUCCCAGAGCGUUUUUAGAAUUCGGGAGAAUGCGGUAAAACCCAAAGCAGUACAGCAACACGGACAAAUGUGUGGCAAGAGCAGGAGUUUUUUUUUUGUCGUUGAUCAAAAUAAUUGGAGAGCCGCAUAACACGCGGAGCUACUUGUACGCACACGCAAACACUAAAUAAUGGAAUAAACUGCGUCUAUUUAGCCCCCCACCCUCCCAGUUAUUCUUUAACAAUACCAGUUUAACGGUACAUUGUCGUCCGUCACCAAGACAUUCCAUAGUGACCCAUUCCCCGUCAUAUUGAUUAUUAUUUUAGCGUCAAAUUACGUUUAGGAUCUAUGAGAAUUUUUCUUCUUUAGAAAAUCGGCUGCUGCCCACAAGGGAGGGGGGAGCCAAAGAGCCGCAUGCGGCUCAGGUGCCGCAGGUUGCCGAGCCCCCUGGGUGAGAGAAUUCGACUGAUUUGGUUGGAUGCGCGUUGCUAUAUUGAUUGGGGGAGGGGGUGACGGGUUCCCAUCAUUUUUACAGCAUCAAUAAACGAGUACCAAUUUUUUAGGAGUUCGAGGUAUGGUUAUCCGUUUGGAGCGACUGGUGCCCGUCAGAGGAAUGUGGAACUGCUAUGAUAGGCUAGGAACCUCCAAUGAAAACAAUGACCCCUGACUCGGAUUAUAUCCGAAUCUGUGAGCCUUCCCCGAUUAUAUAAAGUCCUUGUCAUGAGAAGGUGCCUUGUAAAUGUGGGCAGCUGUGCUGAAUAUUAACCCCAGUGGUGCUUUAUGGCCGUUGCUCCACUAGUCAGACUCUCAAAUGGAAAUCGACAGUACGUUAAAAUCAUUGUUUUUUUAGCCCUGUAAAUUCCCUAAAACAGUAUUGUGUAUAAUAUGCUCACGAAUCUGUUCGCAGAGUGAUGUGGUCUUCCCUUGAUGCGUUGUGGCUUUUGAAACGUAUAUCACAUUAACCCUUCUAUUGCAUGUCCGUCAGUGGGUUUCCAUGUGGCUUAUUUGCUCAAAAAAGCACCAUUUAUUUUUUGCAUAUUGAUAAGACGGUAUAGAAAACUGUACCUGAUAAUAUAUAUAUAUUUACUCCACCCAAGAAACGGACAAAUGGCGUACAUGGUAAUAUUUUUUCGAUUACGCGGGUUUAGGUGCAGGGAAUGAUGAUCUAUUGGGGUUUUUGAUUGUUAAAUAAAAUAAUGUAAUUAGGGUUAUUCUAAUUAGAAACCCAGUGAUUUGUUACUGUUUUAUUUGCUGGCACGCGAGAGAAGUGGAUUCUCUCUGGCUGGGAUGGAUGCUAGCCAUAGGCACUGGGGUGCUCCAGGGUGACACACCGCGACAACACCCAAGUGUGAACGUCUCAAAAGGGAGAAUGGACAUUUUGCGAAACAAAGUUGAUUAGUAUUCUUAGGUUUUUUCGGUAAAGUCACGUAGGUAAAACAUUUAAAUUAAUAUUUUACUUUUAUAAAUUUUUAUUUUUUACCUACGUGACUUUACCGAAAAAACCUAAGAAUAUGAAUCCUUGCAGUCACGAAAGCUUAAAAUCUAAAGUCGAUUAGCCUAUAAAGUCGAUAUGCAUCGUAUACUCUGAUAUCUAUGUAUGUAAAUCAAUAAUUGUUGGUUUAUUCACGACGAUACAUUGAUGAACAAUCUCACAAUGGUCUGAUGUUUAAUGGCCAUACAACAUUUUUUUUUUGCUGUGGUGGAGGGCAACCUUCGCUUUUGUUUGUCCUGUUGCCCCCGCCCCCCCCGUGCAUCUCUGAUUACAGAGAGAAGAGACUGCCGAAUGAUUACAUCAAACGUCAUGCAAAUGUUAACUCGAUGGCAUAGCCAGGGUUUUCAGACAAGUUUCGUUGAUUUGGUUCAAGCCAUGGUAAGGUGUAUUAUUAGUUUGUUUGGGUGCCAUUAAAAAACAUAUGUAUUCUUAAUCGUUAACCUUAAUAUUGAACUCGAAAUCACUAAUUGCUGAGGAUGACCAGAAGGCAGUACAACAGCUUUGCAGUUCGUUUGGAGAUCGCAACAAAUCUUAUUCUUCUGUUAUCCUCAUUGCUCGAGUGUUGGAAAGUCUCCUCGAUGCAUCCUAUCAUAUGUCCCCAUGCUCGUUUAAGCAUUGGGCAAAUGCUCAUCUCCGCAAGUGGUCUUGAGGGAGCGGUGGGAAUUCCAUGUGACAGUGGCAGGGACCAUAUUCUGUUAAUGCAACAGCUACUGGUGGCUUAAAAGAGAGUGAGGCUCAUUCCAAGCCUAUUUUAUCCACCGAGGAAGAUGAUGAGCUGAGACGACCCUGUCUGGGAUUUAAACUCGUGGCCUUGUCAUCGUGGGCCAAUUGUGAUGUCAGGACUUUGUCAUUUGUUGAUAAAUUCUUAAAUUAAAUAAAUCUACCUAAUUGCUUUUGUAAAACUCAGAA